AUCUGGAGAAGAUCCAGUAGUAGCAGCGUUAAGACCCUACGGUGCUCCUGAUGAAGAUGGCUAUACAACACCAGACACUUUUCAAAAAUAUUUCGGAAAUUAUUCCGGGACCUUCCACCGUGAUCCAACAGAUGAUGCCCUCUUAGACCAUUUAAUUAACCUCGAACACAGUUACGAUAACGAUACGCAAAAAGACGAUAACACGGUUACGGUAGACAGCAUGACAAAUGAUACAGUAGACAACAUAACAUCAAAGCCGUUCCACGAAGAUGUUGUUACGAAAUUCUUAAGAUUAAUUGAAACACAACACUUGAUGGGCGAGAAUUGCACAGCUGGGACUCAUUUGAAUUUAGGUGAGGGGGUUGUAGACAGGUACGCUCAAGAGAGGUUUCGAGUUGAAGCAGAUGUCGCGGUUAACAGAGCUAACAUGCUGACGAGAUUAUGGAAAUAUGCGGGGCCAUCUGUCAUGCAUAAUGAAUAUUUGCUGCAUGCGAGCGUAUUCUCGAUGGUUGAGUUCGAUGACAACGUAUUCGGUGCGGGGAACUGCUACGACCAGUAUCAGUACAAGGAUUACCAACUUUUUUGCCCGUUUGCGUAUCGGUUGCCCGAAGGACCAAUAUUGGCUAAGGAUUUGGCGGUCGAGUAUAAAUAUUUGAGCAACAUGUCGGAGUGGUUCUACAUUGCGCGGAAGAAUGCUGAGCGUGUGAUCCGAAAUCACAAUCAGUUCAAACGUGGCUACAACACAUAUACAUUCAACGACACAACACACACAGAACGCGAGGAAGACGAGAUUCUGGCUGUUACGUAUGAAGAUGGCAAGUGGUCGAAGCCGUACUAUGACUGCGGUGGCGGUAACAUAUGGAUGUUGACAUAUACGGUACCUUUCUUCGGAUACAACAACGGCACUUAUUUUUUCAAAGGCACAAGUGGAAUUGAUAUAGAUUUGCGACGCGUUGAUAUUGACCAGUGUCCUCUGAAGCCUGGCUCCAAGCAGCUGAAUAUCUUCGCCGGUACUGAUAAGUGUAAGAAGAAAACUACAGAGUGUGUGCCAGUCCCAGGUUUGGGUUUCCGUCGCGGCUCGUAUCGCUGUGUAUGUCGGCGAGGCUUCUAUUUUCCCAAUACAACAGCUGAAAACCGCUACUACAAUGGAAGUGUGAUUGAAGAGGAAUACGAGAAACAUUUACAGCAGUAUCAGAGCCUUUACGGUCAACAGUCAGCCUUUCAUUGCGUGCCCUGCGCUGAAGGCUGUGAGGCCUGUAUCGACGGUUCACCAUGUGUGGCGGCCCUUAACUGGGUAGCUAGAACAACGAUUUUCACACUCGCCUGCCUUGUGAUAUCCUGUCUGCCUUUUAUUAUCUGGUUCACGAUUAAGUAUGGACAUGUUCGGGUAGUUAGAGCAGCCAGCCCAGCACUGCUCAGGGUGAUCGUAUUGGGAGCUUUGUUAAUCUAUUGCACGACGUUGGUGAUGUAUGGAAGACCAACACUAUUUACAUGUACUGCCAGGGUCUGGCUUAGGGAGGUUGGCUUCUGUCUGACAUAUGGCGCCUUGAUGCUGAAGACUUGGAGGAUCUCAGUAAUCUUUCAAGUUCGUUCAGCGAAAGCCGUGAAGAUAUCCGACAUGUAUCUAUUACGUCGAAUUGGUGUGAUUGUGGGUGUAGCCUGCGUGUUACUGUCUAUACGUACACUCGUAGCGCCACCUGCGGUCAUUGUGGGAAGGACGAAGGACGACCUGAAAGCGUAUCUCUGCAAUACAGACUGGUGGGACCAUUCAUUUACGACAUUGGAAGUGAUUUUCCUGGUAUGGGGUAUCCGUUUGUGUAUAAUGGUCCGGAAAGCGCCUUCCGAGUUCAACGAAAGCCGGUUCAUCUCUAUGGCGAUAUACAACGAGUUCCUGCUCUCUGUCUUCCUCAAUAUAUCAAUGCUGUUCCUCCAAUCUCCCGCUAACCCUGAUUUGCUGUACAUAAUUUUCUUCUGCCACACCCAACUGACUGUCACCUUGCUGCUGUGUUUCAUAUUCGGUAGUAAGGCUUACAUGGUCUUCAAGGGGCAGGGUAAAGAUGAGAGGGAGAAAACGGGAAAGUUUAGAUCCAAGCCCGCCGAGUCAACAUAUACUAUGACGACUAACAGGAGUACUCGUUUCUGUGAUAAUAUGACUGAAAGGGAAUUAGAGGAGGAGUUUCAGAAGAUAUGCAAACAGCUAGAGAAACUUCGAGAACGCUGUAUACCAGUCAAUACAAUUCCAAGAAAAAUUACAGCAAUGCUUGAUGCUGCUGCCGUACAUGAACGUAAACCUUGCGCAUCAGACUCCGCACCCCUUAAACUUAACACAGUUUUCAGUGCAGUCGCAGACAAACUCAUGUGUACCGUGACCCCAGCGGAAGAAUCUACCAGCAGUGGUAGAGAUAUGACAUUCGACGCCCCUCCUUCCUAUAAACAAAAAUUCACACCAACAAAGAGCACAGAUAAUAGCAACGCAGAGCAAAGUCAAACGGAUGUGACCACCGAUUCUCCAAAACGUAAAGCAGAUGAUGAAAAAGACGGUGUGUUCAAAAUUUCAGGUGAAGCAAACUGUAGUGAUAUAAGACCACCAGAAGUUAGUAGAAACGGUUAUAAUAGUGAUAAAUGCGAUAAAAGUGAUAAAAGUGUCGUGAAACUAAGCUCUGGGCCUGAAGUUAAAGUGAGAUCGGGUCAUGCAAGGACUCAUGCGAUUGUUAUUAAUCUAGAUGAUAAGAGCAGGUUUACAGAAGAAGUUACUGUGUAAGGCAAAAUCCAAAUAUUGAGUAUUUGAUGUGUACGAGUUUUGUAAUGUCUGCGUAUAUUUGAUGAAAAAUGUUGAAAACAAAAAUGUUUUAUUUGUAUAAAAGUUUUCUAACUAUUAAAGUUUUCAUAAUAAAUACUAGACACAGGCAGCGUUAAAUACUUUGUCAAUCGCAAGAUAGAGAUAUUAGGAGUAAGAACAGUAAUUGUUUUAUAUUAUUUAAAUGGAAAGUAACUAAUUUGAACGAUAGGGCGAGUCACGUUUAUUAACAGCGCAGAUGUAGCGAAAAUUAAAUAAAACAUUCUCUUAAAAUUCUAAAUACUAGAUGGAAUCAUCUACUUCAUUUCGUCUUGCUUAAUUAAGUAAAAUUACUUAAAUAAAAAAGUGUUGGUAAGUGAAUUGCU